CCCCUUUCCCCACGCGCGCGAGGGCGGCCAUCCGCGCCGCGGCUGCUGGUGAUACUCUUCUAGUCUUGGUGACGGCGAAUAAUGGUUAAGAUGAUGGAUACUGAGCCAUCAAAUGAACUACAAUGGGACGAGCCAUUAGGGAGAGUGCCAAUACUUUCCUAUGGCUCUGGGCAUAUGCUGAAUGAUAUCACAUCAUCUUGUUGGUUCACAUAUUUGCUGGUAUUCUUGACUGAUUUAGGGCUUAGUCCAAGAGAUGCUGCUGUUGUCAUGCUUUCUGGUCAAUUGGCGGAUGGCUUUGCAACAAUCUUUGUUGGUGAACUGAUUGAUCGUUUUGGGCAUUUCAAACUGUGGCAUGCAGGAGGAUCUAUUCUAGUAGCAAUUUCCUUCUCAUCUGUUUUCGGUAGUUGUUUGCCUUGCAAACUCACGGGGACUAACUCAACUACUCUGGAGACUGUUGGAUACAGCACAUUUGCCGCUAUCUUUAAUGUUGGUUGGGCAGUUACUCAAGUUGCUCACAUGUCAAUGGUGAACUGCAUGACGUCAAACCCAACAAGUAGGGUUGCACUAGUGAGCUGUCGCAAUGCCUUCACGAUGAUUGCAAAUCUUAGCUUGUAUGGCAUUGCUUUGUUGAUGUUUAGUCUACUGCAGUCAGUGAGCGUAAUAGUUCAGUACCGGUGGAUAGCGUAUGCAUCUAUUUCCCUCGGAUCUUGUUUUGUUGCCGUGUUCUUGAUUGGAACAAAAGAACCAGGGAUAAACCAAUCUUGUCAGAAUAAGAGCCUCUCCAGAAUUUCAUGGGCGCACUGGUUCAAGAAAGUGCUGUACUUCCAAGUUGCUCUUGUCUACAUGUUCACUAGAUUGGUGACCAAUGUUUCACAGGCAUUUCUUGCUUUCUACGUGAUAAACGAUCUGGGAAUGCACCAAUCUUCCAAAGCAUUGGUACCUGCUAUUAUAUAUGUCUGCAGCUUGAUGGUAUCUGUCAUGUUACAGGAGACAAGAUGGUCUAGUUGGCGUCUAAAAACUUAUUUCUCGGCUGGAGCAAUGCUUUGGAUAUUGUCCGGUGUUGGAAUUAUUCUUUUACCAAGCAGAAUGCACAACUUGAUGUAUGCCCUCUCAAUCACAAUAGGAGCUGCCAAUGCAUUGAUGACGGUCACAAGUAUCAGCAUGGAAGGUGUUUUAGUAGGAGAAGAUCUAAAUGGUUGUGCUUUUGUGUAUGGCUCAUUAAGUUUUGUUGACAAAGUGUCAUGCGGCAUAGCUUUGUAUAUUCUCGAGUCCUAUCAAGGAAGUACCAAGAUCAGUGCGAAUCAAGAUUUGGCAUAUGGCUACUCCGUUACGCGACUUGGUUUGGGGCUAGUUCCAGCUGUCUGUUCGCUGCUUUCAGCCAUAGUAGCUUAUACCAUGGACCUCCCUGACACUCGGCGAAGACCUCUCCUGGAGCCUCUUCUGGCAUAACUCUUGCUGGUAGCACGACCCUUUCAUCAUCCAUCAUGUACAUGUUCAGUGGAGCUGCUAAUAACCUUAUAGGGCACGUGGGGAAACAAAUUCAGAGAAAUGAUCGAUUUACUUAUACACUGUACAGGCUGGCUAAAAUUUAGACGACCAGAGAAGUAGAGAACUGAAGGGUGCUCAGCAAGUCGUUGAGUGUCCAAAUUAGCUGCUGAUGGCCAUACUUAACUAUGUAAAUUGAUAUCUAAUACCUUUUAAACUGUAAAUAUAGCCUAGUCACAUUGUUCAGAACAGGGCAAAUCCUGUAUAUGUGUUCAUUCUAAGUUUAUAAUCACAUGUGGCUUAUUCA